ACCCUAUUGUUUAUCCGCAGGAAGAAGCGGCGGUUUCAUCACUUCUACUCCUCUUAAAUGUUGGUUACUUUCAUCUCUACUAUAAAAAAAUACCUCGGUAUCAGCACAAAUGUGAGGGAAGCAACCAAAAGGCCACUAGAAGAAGAGAGUGAAAAUGAAUUUGAAGAAGUCAUAUUCCAUGAUACUGAACCCCAGAAAAAGAAGAGAUGCUCAUAUGUGGACCAUCUCUUAACAUCAAAUGCUCCUGGCUUCAGUCCAGUGCUAAAUCAAAUUUCUGGGCUCUCAGGGAGGAAAGAAGAGAACUUAAACAAAGUAUUAGAUGUGAAGAUGAGUGGUCAUAAGAAUCAGCAGCAGAAGGAAGGAUAUGGUGCAGAGGUUAUAGUUACAGAGGAAAGAAUGAAAAAGUGGAGUGAUCGUUUCCCUUGCUCCAUCUCUAAGUCAGUGUCUUGCACUGCUGAAAUAGAGAAUGAUUUUGAGGCCUUGAAGAGAAAAGAAGCAAGAAAUGUGGAUGAUCUGGCCACAUGCUGCAACCCUCCCACUCAUAGCUCCCUUGCUGACUUCCGAUUUGUUGCAAGCAGUUCUGGGUCAGUUCAGCCUGAUUUUUCAGCCAAGCAGAAAAGCAGAAAUUUUGAUUGUUUAAGCAGCUCCAGAAAUGACAAAACCAGGAUGAAAAAGUCUGUCUUCAAGGGCCCCACAAUAACUCUUCUUGACAGAUCAUUGGGAAGAAAAAAGCCAUCAAGCUUUUUAUCAUCUAGAAUAAAACACUGUCUAGUUCAUAAGAGCUUCUUACACGAAGAGAAAAUGAAGUAUCGACAGCUGCUGCAGCAAUAUACAGAAGAACAUUACUUGACUCCCAACUCCAAGGUGAUGUCUCAUAAAGUGUCAAGUCUAGCCGCUUCGCCUGUGGGGAUGGUGUCACGCUCUCAAUGGACUCCUUUCAUGACCAAGAAGAAGCAAGAAGAAAUUGAAAAUAUGGCUACUAGUUCAUCUUCCCUAAGGAUGUUGCCAUCAGCAAACAAUUCAGUGUAAGAAGGUUUUCCAGUUAUCAUAUUGCCUGCCUCUGAAGUAUAUAUUUUUUUCUAGAAUAAGCCUCAUAAAUCUACCAAUAAUAAUGAACUUCAAUGUCUCAAGCCAAUAUUAAGGAUGAUAGUGAAGCCUAACAUAAUUUUUAACAUAAUACCUCUUAUACCAUACACUCUUUUUAAAAAUGUUGAGUAGAGGGCUAAUAAAAUUUGCAGCUGUAAUCAAAAAUAAAAAAGAGAAUGAUU